AUGGAGUGGAAUAUGGAGUACUGUAUGGAGCAGGUUAUGCAGAAGGACCUGGGUCGGAGACUACAGGUGGGCCAGGACAUCAUAGACUCCAUCCUGGACAAGGACAAGUUCCAGGACUUGGAGCAGGACCAGACCAUGCUGGACAGAAUGGUGGAUGGUGUCGCUACCAACUGGGUCAACUCCAGCAAUUUCAAGGUAUGGGAUACCAUGGGAUGGCACUGUCACAGGCAGCCAAAAAACGUGCUGCUAUAACCAUAAGGUGAAAGUAACUGGUGUAACACAAGUAUAGGAAAGAGACUGUCAUUCACUGUAACAUAAUUCAGAAAGGGUGUGUGAGACUGUCACCUUGGGGGAGAAUAUAACCUACAGGCCCUGUGGCUUCAAACUUCACACAAGGGCUUGUUGUGCACAAUAUUAGGUUAGUUGCUUUAUAAGCUAGCUUCAUGCAUACUGCAGUGAUGAACUGACUAGUGGGUUAGCUCCUGAUGACUGUUGAUGGCCACUCAGUACCACAGGGCUUUUAAUAGCAGGCUGUCGUAAAGAACAGUGCAGAGUGAGAUGGAUGGACUCUAAACCACUUUGGUGUCUGUGAUCCCGGUGUAUCAUAGUACAAAUUUGAGGGUCUUCUUGACCCCCAAAUCCCACCAGAGUAGAUCUUACCUUGCCAGUCCUAGAUAAGAUGUGAUUGUGAUUCAUCAGAUGUAGCCUAAGCCUAGCUAGCCUACAUGUCCAGCAAACCAAAACAUUACAUCACCCACCCAUUCUUUCACUAUUAGGUCUUCAGCCUCAGUACAGUCACAAACACAAGAUGAAGGCUGAGCAGUAAGGAAUUCAUUCUUCACCAAGGGGAUGGUUAUCUGUUUGGUGGCCUGAAUCCUUUGUGUUUGAUCUGUAUCCACUAGAGACGGUAUCCCAAGGGACAUUUAGCUAACUACACAAUCACUGCACUGCUGAAAGGCCAUAGGAUAACAUGAUAGGAUAACAUGGGACCCUAAUGUUAUCAGCAGAGCAGACAAUUCAGCCCCCUACCCAAGCUUUAGGCUAUUAAGCUAGCCUAUACAAUUCCCCAGACUGUUUAUAACAGCUAUUCAAACUCCACAAAUGUCCUUCCAGACUGUCAGUGGUCAGAGUCUCUAACUGCUUCUUCCAUGUAAACAUUGAGGUGGCGGAGCGGGACACUGUCAACAGUAUCACAGCUUGUUUUUGUCGAGCUCUGAUGUUGAGUAAUCUAUCGACUGAGCUCAAGCAAGGGGUUCGCUGCUUUGAUUUGUCUGCGCUUUCAGGCUGGAGCUGACCUCUGAACUCUGUGUGUGAUGAAGGGAGAAGCCAUGUCAACUACUCUACUGCCACACACACACACGCGCACUCACACGCAUAGAAAACAGCUUACCCCUCUCUCAGCGAAUCAGAAUGCUGCACCCUGUGCUGCUCUAGAAAUGGUGUCCCCUCCAAUCAGAGUGAUUACUCCGAGAGAGCAGUGCAGUAAUGGGGACAUGGACUCCCACGGCAAUAGGGUUGAGCUUAUUUUACCAACUAUCAUUAGGCUACCCCAGAUAAGACCCAGUCUGUCUACCUGGGCUGGCCCCCACAAGUAGAGGGGAGGAGAACACCAGAUAUGAAUGACUAAGAAUCAAUGAAUAGGCUAACCCCCUACGUGAAGAAUGAUCAGGAUUUAGUUUAUUUUCUCAUUUUGCUAGCUUCUGUCAUCGCUCUGCUAGUAAAGACCAGUUAGUUUUUAGCAUUCAGCGCCGGAAAUGCUGUGUUUUUGUUUCAGCAUCAGAUGGGAGUAGGUUGAAAGCUGUUGAUAAAGAAGGAAAGGAAGGCAGGCCUAGUCAAACACUGCAGGACUUUCAGAGGGAGGGAGGGGGCACUGCAGCAGGCUCACAGCUCUACACAGCUGUUGACGGACAACCUGUUCUCAAAUGGUGUGUGUUUGUGUUCUGUCACUUCUGAAUAGUCUUCAGCACCUUGUUUUAAAUGUUUUUAAAUUAAAGCUAUUUACUCAGACACAUUUUUGAUAUGCAGCAAUUAUGAAUUUGUAUUUACAACCAACAAUUAUUUUGUACGUGCAAUGUGAACUUCUCCACUAGGUGACAUUAGGCAGCAGGAAACCUGUUGAGAAAUUGUUCUCUCUCUACAAAUAUAAACCCUGGGGUUCCAAAAAUUGCACCAUAGCCCGAGCAAGAAGCUCAGGUGAUGCGAAUGUGUUGAUUAUGGCGUUAGCAGGGAUACUCUCACUACACGUUCAUUGAGUGUCCCAUGCCACCCCAAGACAAGGAAAGAUACCUUCCUUAGUGCCAGCCAAACCCUUAUCACAUCUCAAAGUUGUUUCCGACAUGGUUAGUAUUUUAUUUUCUACAGUAGUCCUACAGCAGCAUCAGUAGGUUGUUACAAUAUAUAUUAUUUGUGUUUGAGGGCUUCCUUUUGCUUUUAACAUUUUAUAAAGGGAACAAAACCAAGAUUUAUCACAUUACCCACAAUCCUUUGCAACCUGAACUUGUAUUUCAAAGGCUUAUUUUUAUGAUGUUAUGCAUUCUUCUCUCUCAAUGUCUCUAACAUUUAUGCUUUUGUUGAAUAGCCUAUGUUAUAUAUAAAAAAAUAUAUACUAAAAUGUUUAUCUUUUGAUCUUUAUUCUUAGGUGGCUUUGUUGGGAAUGGACAUACUGUCAGCUUUAGUAACAAGACUACAGGAACGGUUUAGGACACAGAUUGGAACUGGUAAGCUAUCCCUGGCAGUUGUAUGCAUUAUAACAAAUAUUUUUGAUUCAUAAUUUUUUUGUCACAUAAUUCAUAUCUUUGUCCUUGCCUUCUUCCUCCCAUUAGUUUUGCCGAGUUUGAUAGAUCGACUAGGCGACUCAAAGGACCAAGUCAGAGACCAGGACCAAGCUCUUCUACUAAAGAUCAUGGAUCAAGCUGCUAACCCACAGGUAAUAUCAGCAUGUACUGUAGACUCACCUACCUGUUAGUAUCGGAAAUAAACGUUUAAAUAUAAAAAAUGGACAACAAUACAUUUAUUUUCUUUUAUUUAUUUGCAGUAUGUAUGGGAUCGAAUGUUAGGAGGAUUCAAACACAAGAACAACAGGACCAGAGAGAGUGUCUGCAUUUGCCUUAUCGCCACGUUAAAUGUGUAAGUUCAUAAUAGCCAGGAAUGGUUAAAAAGUACUAUUUCAUCUGUUUUGUCAUACACAUUCUUUGUGCUUUUAAAAAAUAAUGAUUUUUUCCCCCCUUACAGAUAUGGAGCUCAAGGCUUGACCCUCAGCAAAAUUGUCCCCCACAUAUGUAAUCUUUUAGGAGACCCUACAAGCCAGGUAUAGUUACAUUAUUUUUUUAAGCAAAAAAUUGGUGCUUAGGCUAUUAAACUAUACUGAACAAAAAUAUAAAUGCAACAUGCAACAAUUUCAAAAAAUUGACUGAGUUACAGUUCAUAUGAGGAAAUCAGUCAGUUGGAAUAAAUUAAUUAGUCACAUGACUGGACAGGGGCACAUCCAUGGGAGGGCAUAGGGCCACCCACUUGGACGCCAGGCCCACCCACUGGGGAGCCAGGCCCAGCCAAUCAGAAUUAGUUUUUCCCCACAAAAGGGCUUUAUUACAGACAGAUACUCCUCAGUUUCAUCAGCUGUCCGGGUGGCUGGUCUCAGACGAUCCCGCUGGCGAAGAAGCCAGAUGUGGAGGUCCUGGGCUGCAGUUGUGAGGCCGGUUUGAUGUACUGCCAAAUUCUCUAAAAUGACGUUAUGGUAGAGAAAUUAACAUUAAAUUGGACAUUCCUGCAGUCAGCAUGCCAAUUGCACGCUCCGUCAAAACUUGAGACAUCUGUGGCAUUAUAUUGUGUGACAAAACUGCACAUUUUAGAGUGGCCUUUUAUUGUCCCCAGCACAAGGUGCACCUGUGUAAUGAUCAUUCUGUUUAAUCAGCUUCUUGAUAUGCAACACAUGUCAAGUGGAUGGGUUAUCUUGGCAAAGAAUACAUUUUUACUAAGGGAUGUAAGCAAAUUUGUGCACACAAUUUGAGAGCAAUAGGCUUUUUGUGUGAAUGGAACAAUUCUGGGAUAUUUUAUUUCAGCUCAUGAAACAUGGGACCAACACUUUACAUGUUGCGUUUAUAUUUUUGUUCAGUAUACAUUGUAGUGUUAAACUUGAUUUCAGCUGUCACUGAGGUUGACAACAGCAUUAUUGGUGUUUCAGAACUCUCUGGUGGUUGACCAACAGUGUUACAGAUUCCAUGUGAACUUAUCAGACUUCAGUACUUUCCUGAUAUCUCUAGUCUGUUUAUUCCUUGCAAUUAGCUUGUUUUGUACACUUUUUCAAAAGGCUUUGCUCUGCACUUCAACAGCACUUCUGCACUUCCUGUCGGGAACAGGAAGCUGUGUCCAUGGACCUGUCUUCCUGUACUGAUAUAGUGCAAGCCAUCUUUGUCAGUUUCAAAUAGCACAACUAUAUUGACUAUUACAGUCAAUAAGAGAGAAUUUCUAGAUUUUUUACAUAUAAUUUUGUGUUCAAUCCAGACAAACGAUUAUGUCGUUGGUUAGUGUGCAGACGGAUGAGUGAAGCCGUGUUAAUGUGUCCUGUUUUAUUUCCUGACACGCAGGUGCGAGACGGGGCCAUGAACUGUCUUGUUGAGAUCUACAGACACGUCGGGGAGAGGGUGCGGAUGGACUUGGGGAAAAAGGGACUGCCACAGUCACGGUACCUUCAUCCUCUGUUGUAUUUCUGAUAUCAAGGCUUUCUGUUGAAGUGCAAUCACCAUGACCCAGUUCUCUGGUAUCUCCAGGGAGCCUGCCUGUCUGCUUUUAGGCUUGCACCUUGUCAUAAUUGUAUGAAAAUGCCCUUAAAACAAUAUUCUGUCUGUCUCUUUCCAGGUUGAAUGUCAUUUUCAGUAAAUUUGAUGAAGUUCAAAGAUCGGGGAACAUGAUUCUGUCCCCUGUCUCA